AUGCUCAUAUCAGAUACAGGACCUCAGUAUCGAUCAGCAGAGUUCAGAGAGUUUACUCGGAAUUGGGGAUUCAAUCAUAUAACAAGCAGCCCAUAUUUUCAUAGCAGUAAUGGACUUGCUGAGAAAGCUGUAGAUACAGUACUUGGAUCUCAAGAACAGAGAAACCUUUCUCGUCGCACCAAAAAUGCAAUACCUACAACAGAAGCACUUCUCAAGCCUAAAGUGCUAGAUCCUAUAUUGGUUCAACGUCGUCUUAGAGAGUUGAGGCAGUCACAGAAAAAUAGUGUGGAUAAAUCAUGUAAACGACUUCCAACACUAUCACCUGGUGACAUGGUUCGUAUGCAGACAAAGAAAGGUUAUGACAGGUCAGCGGUAGUAGUUAAAUUAGCCAAAGAACCUAGAUCUUAUUUUGUGAAAACGUCAGAGGAUGGCUAUGAAUAUCAUAGAAACCGUCGAUAUCUACUGAAAGUACCAAAUUCCAGGAACAGGCCAAAUAUGCAGAACAAAUCACAGACAUCAAAACCAAUACAGUUAACAGAUACAAGGAUUGGUAACACAGAAAGAGGAAUAUAA